GGAAUGGGUGCUGGGAAGACGGAGCCAAAGGGAGGAUCCAGCUGCAGAGUGGGCAGGGGCUCGGGGAGCAGCACAUCCUGCAGCGCCUGCUGGCACGGUGCAGAGGGAGGAGCUCUCCAGCUGGAAGAGUUGGGAAGCUCUGUCUGUCCUCAGCCCCUGACUGCCUGCAGCACUGCACAGUCUGGAGUGGGAAUCUCCUGGUCACUAGUUUGGACUCGGCAGUCUGAAGCAGAUGAGGAGACAGGUUGGUAAGCGCAAAAGCACCAAUGGAGACAUCUCCAGCUCAUCCGAGGACCCUCAGCCCUGCAAGGUGGCACAUGGCUCUGUUCCCCAGCCCAGCAGUGGUGCUCAGCAUGCUUCAGGUAAGCUUUAUGAAGAAGAAGAGGACGAUGCCCUGCCAGACUCGGAUGCCCUGCCGGACUCAGAUGACGAGGUGGAACUGGAUAAGCCGCGCCCCAUACAGAUUGUCCUUGCUCAUGAAGAUGACCAUAACUUUGAAUUAGAUGAAUCAGCAUUGGAAAAAAUCUUGCUUCAGGAACAUAUUAAAGAUCUUAACAUUGUAGUUGUGUCUGUAGCAGGAGCUUUCCGCAAAGGAAAAUCUUUUUUGCUGGACUUCAUGCUUAGAUACAUGUAUAACAGGACUUCUCCUUGUUGGAUAGGUGGAAACACUGAGCCAUUGACUGGGUUUACAUGGAGAGGUGGAUGUGAACGGGAAACCACUGGCAUUCAGAUUUGGAGUGAAGUGUUUGUAAUUGAAAAACCUAAUGGAACAAAGGUUGCUGUACUACUCAUGGAUACCCAAGGUGCCUUUGAUAGCCAAUCCACUAUCAAAGACUGUGCAACAGUUUUUGCCCUGAGCACCAUGACGAGCUCUGUCCAGGUAUACAACUUGUCUCAGAAUAUUCAGGAAGAUGAUCUUCAACACUUGCAGUUGUUUACAGAAUAUGGAAGACUAGCUAUGGAAGAAAUCUACCAAAAGCCGUUUCAGACAUUAAUGUUCUUAAUUAGAGAUUGGAGUUAUCCUUAUGAACAUGCAUAUGGCUUGGAAGGAGGAAGAAAGUUCCUAGAGAAAAGAUUGCAGGUAAAGCAAAACCAACAUGAAGAACUACAGAAUGUAAGGAAGCAUAUUCACUCCUGUUUCAGUAAUCUUGGGUGUUUCCUGUUGCCCCACCCUGGUCUUAAAGUUGCAACAAAUCCAAAUUUUGAUGGGAGAUUGAAUGAUAUAGAUGAGGAUUUUAAGAAUGAACUGCGGAAUUUGAUACCAUUACUGCUUGCCCCUGAAAACUUGGUAGAAAAAGAGAUUAGUGGAUCCAAGGUGACCUGUAGAGAUCUUGUAGAAUACUUCAAGGCUUACAUUAAAAUCUAUCAAGGAGAGGAGCUACCUCAUCCAAAAUCUAUGCUGCAGGCAACAGCUGAGGCGAACAAUCUUGCUGCUGUGGCAGGAGCAAAAGACUUGUACAGCAAAGGCAUGGAGCAGGUGUGUGGGGGAGAUAAGCCUUACAUUGCCCCAUCGGACCUGGAGCAGAAGCACCAGGAUUUCCGCGAGAGUGCCAUCCGCCAGUUCCGCUCCGUCAAGAAGAUGGGAGGGGAUGAGUUCUGCCGGCGCUACCAGGAGCAACUCGAAGUGGAAAUCGAAGAGAUCUAUGCAAACUUUGUGAAGCACAACGAUGGCAAAAACAUCUUUUAUGCUGCUCGUACCCCUGCCACUCUAUUUGCAGUCAUGUUUGCCAUGUACAUAAUCUCAGGACUGACUGGGUUCCUUGGCAUGAACUCCAUAGCUGCCCUGUGUAAUCUCGUGCUGGGGAUGGCUCUUAUAUCGUUUUGUACUUGGGCAUACGUUAAGUACUCUGGGGAAUUCAGAGAAGUUGGAACAGCCAUUGAUCAGAUCGCUGAAGCUAUAUGGGAACAGGUGUUGAAGCCCAUGAGUGAUAAUUUGAUGGAGGAUCAUGUGAGGCAGUCUGUAAAAAACUCUAUCAAAGCAGGCCUGACCGAGCAGGUGGCUCACCAUGCCAGACUAAAGACAGACUGACAGUUCGUCUCCUCUUCAACUCUGCCCUCUCAUCCUAGACAUGCUUGCUGUACCAUGAGAACUCAAUAAUAAAAAAAAAUAAAUAAAAAUAAACCAAAGUUUACAAUCAACUGUAGAAGUAGUUUAGUGUGAUUGGCUUCACAGAUUGCUGCCAUCACCGGGGAAGAGUUACAUUUGUCAGUGCUCAGCUUCUCAAACAAACUGGUGCCAUGGAGCCCGCUGGGGUGGGAGGGAGUGGCUCAGUUUUGCGUAGUCCUGGUGCCCCGUGUUUGGGGGAGGGAGGGGGAGCUUCCCCAGCAUUGUGAGUCCCUGCAGGCUCUGGCUUACAGGGGGAAGCUGUCCCCGCAGCAGCUGACUUCAGGGAAGUGUCAUGAUCAGCCCCACGCCAGCUGUGCUCUCACCGAAGUCCCCAGCUCGGCACUACCCUCGCCAGCUCCCACGAGUGUUUCUGUGCGUGGCCGGUGCAGCCAUCGGAGCAGCCACUCCAUUACAACGCGUCUCUUGCUUUCUUGCCUUGUCCCAGUGUUACACAGAUGCAUGUGCUGGUUCCUCACGCAGAACUGGGCUGUCAGGGAGGCAGUGGCUCAGCACAGAGGGUGUCUUGCCUUGAACUCGCAGACCUGGUCCCGAGGGAGGUGCAUAUCGGAACUGAGCUGUCUUUUUCUGCAGUUUAGCCUUCAUGUAUAUAAUAUUGCCAUUAAUUCUACUGGGGAAGAAAUUCCAUCCAAAAAUGUUGCCUACAGCUACCAAGCAAUGAGUUAGGAUUGUCUGUACAGUGUGUUUAGUUUUUAUUUUUUAAGAAAUCACAAAUAGGGCAUGUAUAUGAAAUAUAAAUAUAUAAAUACGAUUUUGUAUCAAAGUUUUGUAGUUUAUGGCAAAACCUGGUUCUGUGGUAGCUAAGUGCAGUUCCUGUAAAGGAAUGUUUGUGGCUCAUGUAAAUGUGUGAAUGCAUCAACAAUUUGAAGUUUUUUGAUAUAUUUGUGAUAUUUACCUGCCUUGAGCACUGCAAUCUCUCACCCCCUUGGAAAAAUCAAUGGGAAUGUUUGUUGUGAAACUCUUGUCUUCUGUUGCAUUUUAAACUUAUUUCCUGUAAUUUAUUUUCAGUACAUGAUUAAAAUCAGUUGUGUAUAUAUGAAAUGAAAUCCGUGCUUAUUUUUAAAAGAUGUUCAAGUAUUGUAUUCUACUACAUAAACUAUGUCAAAUACUUAUCCUGACAAUUAUAUGAACAGAUUUGUUCUAUUGUACUUCAUAGCUUUCUAUUGAAGCCGAUGUUCCUCUCAUGCUUGUCUCUGGAAGGUGACCUCUGUCCAGCUCAUACCAGCUCCCUGUAUAGGAAAACCUCCUGCUGUUCUUAAGCACGCUUUUGACUUGUGGAGUUGCUUGUCAGAUUCUGCCCUCCGACAAUUGUAUCACUCUGAAAUCUUGUUACUGGCUUUACUUUCAUUCUUGGCUAAAUCAGUGUCAACUGUGUGGAGUGUAAAGGCAGCUAAACAAUUAACUGCUGUAGUUUCAGCUGGAAAUGGCUGUGUGCAAUAGCUGGGUUUUUUGCAUUCCUAAAUGGUAACAAUUUUCAUCAACAUUUGAGCUUUAACAUCUCCCCUCUCCUGAGUGAGGGAAAUCAUCUGUCUAGGACUAAAGCAAUUGCACUGUGACUUUUGCACUGCAAAGAACUGCUGGGGAGUGGUGGUUACCUGCCCUCUGCAGGUGAGGGCUCAGCUCCAGGGGAAUGAUGCUAAAGAUGAGGUAGGAAUGUCGCAUUUUAUGAUAUCUCAACCUGUACAGAUUAAAUACUGUUAUUCAAACAA